AUGCCGAGAGACGCAUAUAUAGUUGUUAUACGGCCGCAGCACCUAGCUAUAUACCCUUCGGGCGACGGAGGUGGGGGUUGUUUUUGUGAGCAGCACGGUUUGUUCAAAACCCGACCCGCCCCCAGCCCCACUCCUGGCGCACCUUGCGAAUCCAAUUUAGGAAUUGCGCCGACCUUUGAACCACCGCCGCAGUGCUCUGCCAACGACCGUUGGAGACGGUCCAGAGAACGAUAA